GGUGUCUAUAUGAUAUAUAAAUGUGUGUCCUCCUCUUAUAUUAAUCCUGUCUACAUUAAUUUACUAUAUUUUGGUGAAUUAAUAAAUCAUACCAGAAUACUCUAUGCCUUUGAAAUUAAGUGGCUAGUGAAUUUGCUGAUCUCUGUAGUAGCAAUGAGGAGCAAGUUCUUGGACAUUAUUUUGUGAGUUUCACUUUGAUUUUGUGAAUCUGCUCAUUUAGGCCAGAGAAGAAAAACAAAAGGUCUAGUUAAAAAGAACAACCAAAAAUCUUUCUUUAUGCAUACUUAUUUAUCCAAGGAAGCAUCUGAUGCUAACAUAAGUGUGACUCUCAAUCUUGACACAUCUGCCUUUUUUGAUAGGAUACACAAGCUCCCUAACAACUGCCACAGUAUUUUCCGAUAAUUUAAUUUUCAGAAAUAAAAAUAUUUAAAGCCCAGACGUGUUAGAGAAGUAGAUAAAAGCCAUGGUUCCCUCAAGCCCACACAUAACUUAAGGGUGCUUUUCUGGACCUGGUUAACUGAUGGGUCUCAACUAGGACAGAGGACAAUACUCACAAUGAAGAGGAACAUACAUCUUUAUUUUGUAACCUGCUUAGGCAGAGGUUAUAAAGAAGAAAAUCAAGCAAAGAAAACACAGCUGUAAUGUUGUGACCUAGGAACCAGGAAUUGGAAAAAAAAAACAUGUCUAGAAAAUGAAUGUGAAAUCCCUUAGAAAUACAUAGAUUCUCUGAAAUGCAUCUGUAUCUUCUUUUUUUUUUUUUUUUUUCCUUCCUUUUUUUGCAGGCCAGUAACACUGGCUUUUUUUUUUUUCUAUCAUCAGUACUGGGGAUCAAACUCACGACCGCAUACUUGCAAGGCAAGUGCUUAUGCCGCUGAGCUAAAUCCCCAGCCCCAGGAUCUGUAUCUUCUUAAAUGGCAGUUUUGACUUUUGAAAGAAACAGGUGAGAGAUUAAUGAUUCUGUAUAAUUUGAUGGAGCAUGGUGUUCGUGCACAGGUUGGUAUUGUCAGAGUUGCUCUUGAGGUAAGGAAAUCUAGAAUCUAGUUUUGUUCAUCUCCUUUUUUGCAUCUUUGAGCCUUCUGGUACUCCAAUAUUCCAAAGCCAGAUUCUUAGACAACAAACAUCAGUUUUUUAAAUGCACUAAGUAUCAUUGUGGUAGUCACAACUAAAAUCUCCAUUUUCGAGGUAGGAGAUGAUUUCCAUUGACAAGAAUAAAUGCAAAUGAAUUAAAAAAUAUUUAACAUGUUAUACAAAUGAUGACUAGCCUUCUGGUAUAUUGUGUCGUUCUUAACCACAGUCCAUCGUUCAGGUGGUUUAAAGUGCGACUUCCUUCAGUUAGUGUGAGAGGCGUCACAGAGCCUCAGGACACAUGGUGGGUACAGCGCAUCCAGUUCAUAGUUUCAUUCCGCUGCAGUGAUUCCUUGCCCUUCCCGAUUUAUAUUUAAAGUGUUACACAUUUUCAUGAAAAGAUACUGUGGUUUUCAACCCCAAAAUAGGAACUAUCCACUUAAAAAUACAAUUUAAGUUUAUUUAACUUGCUUUCUCCUUUAACUUACCACUGCCUGUGAAGAUGUUUGAGCAUUUGCAUCUCCACUUCACAGGUAAAGAUGAUGAGGCUUAUAUCCAGGGGCUCAAGGCUCACAAGUGGCAGCGUCAUAACUGGAGUCCACAUUUGAUUUAGCCUCUCUCCACUGACCUAUGUGGUACGGUUUCCCACUGCAGUGUAGAUAUUGAAGAAUAAAACUUACAGUAAGUCUCAUAAUUGGACUGGUUAGUAACAUAUUCACCAUUGAUGGAAAACUGGUUGUAGUUAAAGUCGAUUUGGGGGCCAGGGAUUUAGCUCAGUAGCAUAAGCACUUGCCUAGCAAGCACAAUGUCAUGAGUUUGAUCCCUGGUACAAAAAAAAUAAAGUUGAUUUGGGCCUAUGGCUCAACCAGUAUCAGUACACACUGGCUAAAAUCAGACUGGGUACUCACCUACACUUGAACAUCCAAAACUCAUGACAGAAGAAUGGAGAAAUUACAAAUGUGAUAAAAAUAAUUCUGAUAGUAGGUUGAUCACAUUUAUGCAGAAAGUUAUUAGCUGCAGAGACCUAGCUGGGUCACAAAGAGUCUUUUCCACUAAGAAAUUCAGUAUCUUGAGGUGGACGCCAUUAAACCUUUACAAACAGUUCUAUAAUGUGCUACAAUAGAGGUAAGGACCAAAAGGAAAGGGCAGGUAAGGCCUGUCUUAUUAACAGUAAGGCCUUUCUUGUUCAACAAGAAGUUUGUGUACUACUAGAUUGUCUGUGUCAUUCUCUGUCUCUAUCUUUAUCUCUAUUUCUGUCUCUCUCUUUUUGAUCCUUGAGACAAGGUAUUGCUCAGCCUGUAGCCCAGCUGGCCUCAAACUCACAAUCCUGCCUCAACCUGCUUCUGAAAGCUGGGAUUACAGGUGUGUGUCACCAUGCCCAGCUCUAGGUCCUCUUAUUAAAACUGCAUUUAUCGGGGACUGGUAAUUUAGCUCAGCGGCAUAAGCACCUGCCUUGCAAGCAGGCGGUCGUGAGUUCGAUCCCCGAUACUGAUGAAAAGGAAAAAGAAAAAAAAAAAAAGUAGGAAAAAAAAUUGCAUUUAUCAAGAAACAUCAGAGUGCCAGGUGUGGUGGCACACAUUUGUGAUCCUGGCUGCUCAAAAAACUGAGGCAGGGGGGCUGGGGAUUUAGCUCAGCGGCAUAAGCACCUGCCUUGCAAGCAGGCGGUCGUGAGUUCGAUCCUUGGUACCGAUAAAAAUGAAAAAGACAAAAAAAAAAAAAUUAAAAAAAAAAAAAACUGAGGCAGGAGGAUCAGAUCUUCUGAGCUAUUAAGUGAGACCCUGUCUCUAUGUAAAAAAUUCAAUUGGAUCAGUGUGGUGGCACAUGCCUGUAAUCCCAGCACUUGAGAGGCAGAGGCAGGAGGAUCAUUGCAAAUUCAAGACCAGCCUGGGUUACAAAGUGAGCUCAAAGCCAGCCCGAGACCCUGUCUCAAAAAGACAAAAAAAAAGGACUUGGAAUGUAACUCGGUGUCCUCACCUUUGCCUAGCAUGCUUGAAGCCCUAGACUCAUUCACCAGCACCAUAAAACAAAAACAGAACAAAGCUUAUCUUACACUCUCAGCCAAUGGGUUGUUACAUCCUAGUUUUUUUUUUUUUUUUUUCCAAAAUGUCUUGGGCCAUUGGAGACAUCAUCUCUUUAUUAACAUUGGGCAAAGCUGUUAGUAUACCACAUCCUCUUUACACGAUACAAAAGCAGCAGACAGCAGUCUCAUUGGAGGGCUGAUGGGGGACACUUUAGAAGACUAGAUUUCAUACAUGUUAGGAUAUAAGUUUGUACUUGGGCUCUUUAUCCUUAACAGUCACUGCCCCAAAACAAUAUGGUAGAUAGUUAAUGAGCAGUUCUCAAAUGAAUACAGGAAAGCAAAAAUACCCAGAUAAGAAUUCAGAUCCAAAAUUUGGCAUGAAUCAUAAUGUCCUACUGCGUAGUUUUACCCCCAAGAGACAAAGCCUUACGUUGGCUUUUUCUUGCCCAUACUUAGCUUUCUGUGGGGCCCAGGAGUGACUUGAAAAUCUUACCCACUGAUCACCAGACACACAGGGACUUUCAUUUCACCUACUUUCUGGUCCAUCCCUCCGAAAUCACGGGCUAGGGUCAGCACUCUGUCUGCUGCAUGCUCUGUCCCACCUCUCCCACCCCAAGGAGGCCUUAGCCUCAGGCUUUCACUGUCUCCUCCACACAGUCACCUCCUCUUGCCUGAAAGCUCUCCUGGCCUCACCCACCCAUCCAGUUAUCUCCUGAAGGCCCCUUAUCUUGAGCUCACUCAUUUAGAAACCAAACAUUGACUUCCUAGCAAAGUCAGCUCCCCUUCCGGACAGCCACAAAGGCUGAACCCUUCGGGGCCUUGUUUUACUUUCCUCUCUGACCAACACAGGAGGAUAUCAGGCCCCCACUGGCACCAGUCUUGUGUCCAGUCACUAACAGCUCAUGCAUAGCUCUGCAGAGCCGGCAGCAGUCUUUCCCUGAUCCCAUUCUUCCCUCUAUACUGUCACUACCCUGCAAAUGUGAUUCAUCCUAUCUUACUAGUCAAAAAUUCCCUGGCACUUUAUCAGCAUAGAACUCUUAACUCCUGAGAUCAGUAUUCAAAGCCCUCAAAACGUAUCUCAAAUUACCUCAACACUGCCAGCAGCAACACUGAGAAAAGUAUGACAUUCCAAGAUACCAAUCUAAUGGGAAAAAAAUCAAACUAAGCACUUCGCUGUUAUUUUGACUUUGAGGGAGAACUAGGAUGAGCUGAGGUGGGCUGAUCUUUUCAGACACUGGGACCAUUGAAGACUUUGCGUCCUACUGUUCAGGCUGCUCCUGUUCACAGACGUCUUCAGAAAGGCUGGCCUGCUUCAGCCUUGUGACAGAGCAGGCUGUCAGCAUUAUAUCAAGAUUUUUUGUGUAUGACAGCUCAUCUUCUGCACAUGAGCUGCUUGUCAGGAACCACAGAGGCACAUUCCUGUGUCUUACAUUCCCUGAUGUGGUGCUUGCCCAGCAGCAGGAAGGAACUGUUUACAAAAUCAGAUGACCUUAAAGAAAUGGUUUCACCAAGCACAGGUAGGAUCUGCUUCUGAGGGGAGAACCUCCUUCCACCAAUGCUGAGACCGCUGCAGAUAACUAGGAAUUUACGCAAAACUUCUGUAAAAUCAUUGAAAAGUAGUGACAAAUCCUAGUACUGAAGCUCCUGUGGAAAAUGUCACUUCUGGGGCUGGGGAUUUAGCUUAGCAGCAUAAAUGCCUGCCUUGCAAGCAGGCAGUCGUGAGUUCGAUCCUUGGUACCGAUAAAAAAGGAAAAAGACAAAAAAAGAAAAUGUCACUCCUUUCCAAACAAAUUCUAAGGCCAUUUUCUGAAGAGCUUGUUUUUUUAUCUCAAGCUGCAGAAACUUGAAAUGGAAAAAAAUGAGUCUUACUUACCUUGAAAGCUGCAGUUUCUGGGCCUGACCCUCCCCAUGUGCUGCAGGGCACUUAGGAUGUCCGGGGUAGAGCUGGCCCUGGGAUAAUCACAGCCGCGGGCUGCAAGGCUUUCACAUUGAGUCAUCCCCUCAGUGCUGUGGGCUGAAGCCCAGUGCUCAUGUCUAACUUAGAUGGUAUUCUUUCCCAGCUACCCCAUAUUUAGUACCUGAAAGUUUCUAAUUACUGAACAUCUGAAGUAUUCUUCAGAACCUCUGGGAUCUAGGGUGGGGCCCCUUUGCUGGUAUAUGCCAGUCAUCCCUCAGGUGCCAGGACCAGAGAGCUACUGCUGUCUUCUGUGCCCUGCACACCCUCAUAGCGGCUGUCCCCCAAAUACACACACACAAGGUCUUAGGGUCCUGGUUUUUGGGACCAUCUUAGUACCCGGUCAGCAAUAAUAAAACAGAUUCUCCUUUCCUGGUUUAAUCCAUAUCAGGAACAGGAGAACACAAGGAGACACACCUUUCUUGGUUUUCCUUCCUCAGUUACUGUUAAUCUUCCUGCCAACCAUAGCUGGCUGGCAGAGUGGCAUCUGUCUGUAAAUCCUACCAAUAGUUUCUACAGCAUGCAAUCUGCCACGCUGUAAAGUUCACCAUCAGAGUUAAUACCAGAAACUGGUGGGCAAGUCUAAAAGAUCCUCCACAUGAGGAUUCUCUCUGUUGAUCUCCAGAACACUUACUACACACCCACUAUGUGCAAAGAGAGCCCUAUGUCCCUUAAACAAGGAGAAAAACAGCAGCGGGACAGCCAAAAACAAGAGCUGGCCCGUGUGAUGCCACCCUCCAUGGCGGGGUGGUGGUGGUGGUGGUGUGAAGCAGACUCCGUGUGUUCAGACCCAGCUCAGGAGGGGUCCCACAGGGCCUGUCGCAUUCAUCUUCACAGCCCACCUCACCCGUGAGAUGGAUGUCAUGCCCUUGUCAGGAUAUCAUAAGGACCCAAGAUCACACAGCUCUCAGUGACAAAGCUGAUGCUAAAGCCUGACUCUCAACACUGACCUGAUCUGUUCUGUUGAUGAGAAGCACAGUGACAUGGAAGAGAUCUGUGUAGGGAAGGACAUCACAACACAACGCAGAGGGUUUUAGAGGAUGUAUUUUAAACUUAAUCUACUAGGAAAGCAGAACUGGAAUCUGAAAAAAAUACACAUUAGGUGGAUUAAAGGCAGUUAACAGUAGAACCGAAUGGACUCAUCAAAGAGAAAGUAAAAUUGUAAACUUAGAAAUUAAUAAGAAAUUUGACUGCAUGAAACUAUAAAACAAUAAAAAUAGCUAAGGUGCAGUUUAAAAAAUAUUUGAAUCAAACAGGAUGGUGAUUUCUCCUAAGUAGUAUGAGAUACUGUUUAUCUUAUAGUGCUUAACAGUAUAGUAGAUGAAUGUGUGACGCACAUGAUUACAUGGUUCACAUUAUGUGAGGAAGUACAUAUAGCAAGGUUUUUCAUCUUAAAUGCAGAUUAAAAUGAUAUACCAUUCUACCUUAUUACCUAUUAAAAUGAAAUGUCUAUCUACAACAGUCCAUUAACUCAAUUCUCUCCAUGAUUCUUUACAAACCGAACUAGAGGAGAACUGAAUCUAAUUUCCCCAUAAGGUCAACAUUGAGUCUAACCAUUAAAUUUGAUUUGAGUUAUAUAUAUUAUACAUAUUGCUGAUGACUAUAUCUAACAAGACUGCAUUGAGUCGAAUACCCUCAGAAAAUGCCAGUAACAUUUUGAAUUACUAAUAACUGUAAACAUUUGUCUCAAUGAAAUUUUUCAUAGCCUUUGAGCUACCCACAGAUAAUUAUCCUGUGACAUGUGAAAGAACAAAAAUGUGUACGUUCAUUUAUUUAUUACAAAUAUUUAUAACAGUUAAAAAUAGUUAGCUGCUGCCAGCCAUGGUGGUGCGUGCCUGUAAUCCCAGCACUCAGGAGGCUGAGGCAAGAGGAUCAGCCAGCCUAGCCCAACCUAGGCUACGUAAUGAGAUCAGUCUCAAAAAAUCAAAUGAAAUACUAGAAGCAACCUAAAUGUCCAAAUUUAAGUGUUUAAAAAACAGAAACGUGCAUUUAUGUGGCAUAGAUUGAGAAUCAUAGACCAUAAAGCUGUGAACAUUCUAAUUACAAGUAUGACUGAAACAUCAUGAAAAAAUGCACAUAUGAAGACUGUCUGACAUGGAAUGUGAAAAGAGAAAAAUCCAAGAAUAGUGAGAUUAUAAGCGGAUCAUAACUUUUUUUUUUUUUUUUUUUUUUUUACCGGUACCAGGGAUCGAACUCAGGACUGCCUGCUUACAAGGCAGAGACUUAGGCCGCUGAGCUAAAUCCCCAGCCCCAAUCAUAACUUUUAAAAACAUCUGGCUGGAAAGAAAUUCAUCAACAUGUUAGGUACAGUUAUGUUGACGUUCCAGACCUGGAGUAUCCUUUCUUCUAUGUUCUGCCAUGUAACGCUAUGGAUUUUAUGAUAAAAAAGAAAAAUACAAUUUUUAAAAACAUACUAAAGGUUAAUCUUAUUGGUACAGAAAACAACUUACUAUUGGGGGAAAACAUUGUACGAACCUAAAUUCAGGCCAGGCAAGGCAGAAAUCAAGCUACUCCCAAAAGCAACUGAUCAGAGUAUUGGGUAUUAAUUCACUGUGACAAUCACAAUGAUAGAUAGAGAAGCUCUCUCACCCCAAAGAGACCCUAAAUCCGUUAGCUGGGCAAGACUGACCCACAGAACAGUCAGAACAGUGGCUCUAGCAGUGCAGAGAGUGGAAAGCCUUCAAGGGUGAGGAGAAAGGGCAGAGGACUUGUGCUUAGCUUCCGCAAGUGACCAGGACUCUCAGCCAAGAAAGACAAAUGUGUCUUUUAGGUAACUCACUUAGAACCCUACCUGAGGAGCAGAAGAGAAAGCAGUACUGCAGACCUGGCCUUGGUCACUAAACCAGGCAGGCACCCCAGGAGGACACCUCAGGGUAGUGUCCCAGCUCUGGUCUUUGGAUGCUUUCCCCCAUCCACACAAGUUCAGUCAGGCUCACUGAGCGUAGGCCCCAGCAGAGUAAACUCUUGGCCACAGACAGCCCAGGAAGCAAGAAUCUCAGUGUUUUUAAAAUAAACAACCUACUUCUACUUCCCCUCAACCCCCUCUCUAAUUCCCCUCUUGGGCCACUCACCCCACUCUGCUUUUUCACCUGUGGUUUCUUUGCUGUUCAUCUCGAGGUUUCAAGAUCAUUCAUUCUUUCGGAGUCCCAGACUGAGGUAGAUCUGAGGCCUGAGGCAAAGGGAAGUCCAGCAGCACUGGGCCUGUCCCUGAGUAUCCUGGCACUGUCCUGCUAGCCUUCCAGAAAAGGAAGCUGUGGCCCCCUAGGCCAGGGGAACUGCUCCUCAGGUUUCUCUGCGCUUGGAGGAUGGGGGAGGGGGUCUUAGAGAAAUCCACGCCUGUAGGCUGGAAUAGCCAGUCACAGGUCCGGAAGCUACUAGAUAGGUGAUGGGAUGGGCAGACAAUCUUUUCUGGGGAUUUUUUUCUUUUCUUUUUUUUUUUUUUUUUUUUUUUUUUUUUUUGUACCAGGAAUUACUAUGGACCUCAGGCUUACCAGGCAAGCGCUACGCCACUGAGCUGUAUCCCGGCCCCAGGUGCUGAGGAUUUUGAACCCAGGGCUCAUACAUGCUAGGCAAGCUCUUUACCACUCAGCUACAGCCCCAGCCCUGGCUUUCUUUUGCCUGCCUUUCCUCAGCUUGUACCUGUUGUGGGAGAAAAACGUUUGACAGGAGCAGCCUCAAUACAUGCAUACCCAGCCCUCCAUGAGCUUAAAACAAUUUUCCAACUCAGAAAGCUCCACAGACCAGAGGGACCUCAACCUCAGGCUUAUGGUGUCCCAGUUGAAUUAUGAUAGUCUCGUUCACUCAGAAGUAUCGUGGUUCAGAUCAUAAAUCCAUAAAUUCCUCAUCUUACCUCAAACUGACAUCAAGCUGAACACACACAUGCCCCUCUGUGUCCCUGACCUCAAGGAAGAGGACGGCAUCCACACUGUCCCUCUGCAGAGAAGGCCCAAACCUACCUCUCUGCAGAGGCCUGUGAUGCUAGAUGUACCUCUUGAGUAGCUCCUCUCCUUUUGUUCCCUACGGUCAGUGAUCUGAUUCACACACAAAUAUUUCUAACAGCUUCCUCUGAGGCCUCCCUGGAUUGAACCUUCUCCUUCUCCAAUCCACGAUUCUCCCAGUGAUUUUUUCUUUUCAAGACACAGACUGGAUCCAGUGGCUCUCCGCUCCCUGUGAAAUGGAAACCAAGCCCCUUCAGGUACUAUGCCUGCUUCAUCCCCUGCUCCCCUCCUCCUAUGUCACACUUAUCUCCGGAUGGUUGUUCCUUCUACCUCCUCCUCCUCCUCCUCCUUCUUCUCCUCCUCCUCCUCUUUUUGACCAUUAACUCCAUCCUGGAACAGACCUGCAACUUCAUCACCUAGGAAGUCUUUGUUUCUUCAUUCCUCCCAUCAGAAAUAAUUGCUCCCUCUUCUAAGCUCUAAGAGGUCUUUGGUUUUAAUACACAUUAUAGUUAAUGGUCCUAUGUGUGUCUCCUGCUGCAGCAAUGACUCUGUGAGGUCAGGAACACUUCUCAGUGCCUCCAACUGUGCCUGCUGCAUAGAGGAGCUCACUUUUAACGGGACAGAAGCAAAUAAAAUUGAUAACACCAGAUGUUCAAUACCAGGUUGCCCAGUGCAUCAGUUACUCAGUCCUGGUGACAGUGGAAGAGGGACAACCCUGUAACAUUAGUUCCAACGUAGCAUCUCAGGUAAGGGAUGUCUUCUAAGAGGAAUUCGCAGGGAACUGGGUGCCCCUCCUUUUUCUCACCUGUCCUGUCCUCUUCAGAUCCUGUCACCCCAAGGUCAUAUUUCAUGAACCCUUUCCUUGCUCUCAGCCCCUUUUAGCUCCCAUCUCAUCAUCAGGUGAGUCCACUGUCACAUUAAAUGCCGUCUUUUGUACUGAGCUUAUACCUGUUUGAUGUCACAGGUAGGGUGAAGAACGGUACAGAUUUGAAUCCCAGGCUCUGUCCCUUUCCAGCAGAAUAAUGUGACUGCACCCCUCCUGUCUAGCUUCAAACCCUUCCACCCUGCUCCAUGGGGAUUGGUCAGAAAAGACGCUCAGAAUUAAGACAUUUAGUCUUCCAUUUCAGACGGUUAACAACGAUGAAGGAGCUAGAUGCCCGCAGGCAGGCUCCCCACUUCUCCAGGUCCUGCUGUGUACCAAAUAGCUGAACCCCUGCUUUCUAGAGAACAGGUGACCAGGAAAGAAACACCUCUCCCGACCAAAAAAAAAAAAAAAAAAAACAACCCUCAUCCCUCUCCUGGCCUCCACAAGGAAAGAAAUCAGCAUCAAUGAGAACCAAGAACAGAUUAGGGCUCAGGGGCCAGCACCUCCUGCAACCUAACAUUAGGCCCCAGAUAACGGGGCAAGUACCCCGAUUCCAUAAGCGAAGAAACUUAAUUACUAACAGCUAAGUGACUGCCAUCUCUGACUGAUGCUGGAGGGCAGGACAGUCCUCCCAGCCCUGAGAACUUUGCCUGCCAGGACUGGGCUGCGAAGCUACCCCUACCCCGCCUCACCCUUCCCCCUCGACCAGAGCCAAUUCUGAGGCCACCUCUCCACCACACGAGCCUGCCCCUCCCGGCCCACGCCCUCCCCCCCCCUUCCUGCCCACCCAUCACCUCGGGGCCCCGCGGGCAGGAAGGGAGGUGCUGGGCACCUGCCGUGAAGGGCAGGCUCUGCUGAGAGUUGAGCCUCUGCGUCCGCACGGUCCUCAGCGUGGUCCGGCCAUGGUCGCCACGGAGCCCUGGAGCCUCCUCCCCGGAACCGAGUUCUGGGACUACUCGGGCUCGGGCGUCCUAGGGGACGAGCUGGAGUCGUGCCCGUCGUGGGAGCUGCCCUACAGCUACGCCUACGUCCCCGCGCUCUACCUGGCGGCCUUCAGCGUGGGGCUGCUGGGCAACACCUUCGUGGUGUGGCUGCUGGCCGGGCGGCGCGGGCCGCGGCGGCUGGUGGACACCUUCGUGCUGCACCUGGCGGCCGCCGACCUGGGCUUCGUGCUCACGCUGCCGCUGUGGGCGGCGGCGGCGGCCCGGGGCGGCCGCUGGCCCUUCGGCGCGGGGCUCUGCAAGCUCAGCAGCUUCGCGCUGGCGGGCACGCGCUGCGCGGGCGCGCUCCUGCUGGCCGGCCUGAGCGUGGACCGCUACCUGGCCGUGGUGAAGCUGCUCGAGGCGCGGCCGCUGCGCACCCCGCGCUGCGCGCUGGCCACGUGCUGCGGCGUCUGGGCCGUGGCGCUGCUGGCCGGCCUGCCCUCCUUGGUCUUCCGCGGGCUGCAGCCCUUCCCCGAGGGCCCGGGCAGCCAGUGCGGAGAGGAGCCGUCCGACGCCUUCCAGGCCAUCAGCCUGCUGCUGCUGCUGCUCACCUUCGUGCUGCCGCUGGCCGUCACGGUCUUCUGCUACUGGCGCAUCUCGCGCCGCCUGCGCAAGCCGCCGCAUGUGGGCCGGGCCCGGAGGAACUCGCUGCGCAUCAUCUUCGCCGUCGUGGGCACCUUCGUGGGCUCCUGGCUGCCGCUCAGCGCCCUGCGGGCCGUCUUCCACCUGGCGCGCCUGGGGGCGCUGCCGCUGCCCUGCCCCCUGGUGCUGGCGCUGCGCUGGGGUCUCACGGUCGCCACCUGCCUGGCCUUCGUCCACAGCUGCGCGAACCCGCUCAUCUACCUGCUCCUGGACCGCUCGUUCCGCGCGCGGGCGCUGCAGCGGGUCUGUGCGCAUGCCGGCCGCCAGGUGCCCAGGAUCAGCUCGGCCUCCUCGCUCUCCAGGGAUGACGACUCUGUGUUCUGGGGGCGACGGCAGAGCCCGAACACUGCCUCGGCCUCCUGGUAGCCUCACCUGGGCCGAUCUGAGAGGAAGACUCGGAUCCCUCAAAGGUCUGCUUGGCUAACUUUCUCGAGAGCUCCUCCAUCAGUGUCCCCAGAACCUCAGAGUUGUUCGUACCCAUCUCCAUCCCCACCUCCGCCCCAAACCGCAUUGCUGAGCUACUUUUGUCUAGUUGGAGUCCUCAUGAGACGGAACAGAUAGUAGCCUCACGGGUCACCGAGCUGGGACAGGGAAGUGGAUUUCCUGCUCUGCCCCAUUCAGCAUAGGACCAAAACAAUCAUCCAGCCCAGAUUCCCGAAAGCCCCUGCUGUCUCUGGCUAUGGUUUCUGGUUCCAUGUAAUAGUCUUUGCCCUCUGAGAAAUUCCUGCUGCAAACCAAUAGCAAAAUGAAUGGGAGAAGAACUAUCUGAUACAAAUGUUUGAGAUUAGUGUUUGCUGAUUGAUUUUUCUUUUGAAGUUUCUGCAAGGUUUGGAAAUUCUCUCCUUACACUUUUGACCCAAGAGGAUUACUAGCCUGUUUCAUGAGCAAAAAAUUUCUACACAACAUGAGAAUCGACAGAUCUUUUGUACACAGUGCUCUUUGUCACCACGUAGGCUUCAUUAUUAAUCAUCAUUAAUUCAGAUUUCAUUUUCUUCUUUUUUCCGGUACUGGGAUCCAACUCACAACCGCCUGCUUGCAAGGCAGGUGCUUAUGCCGCUGAGCUAAAUCCCCAGCCCCUCAGAUUUCAUUUUCAAACUUCCCCAAAGACAUGGGGAUCAGCCACAAUGGGCCGCCCAAUUCGUUUCGUCUGAUGGGUGCCACAAAAGGAACACCCUGCCGUGAUUUUGGAUCUGGCGAUCCUCCCCACUCAGCAUCUCCAACCUCCAUCUUGCUCCUACCCCCAGUAUGGCAAAGCUGCAGGAUUCACCCUGGAAAUCAUGGUCCUUCCUUCAAUCUCUCACCUGGCCUUCGGAUUCCCCAUUAUUCAGCCAAGGACCCCAGAUUCUUACCUGGGAGCUCAUUCUUCUCAAUAAACACUUUGGUAGAGCUUGUGUGAUGACUGUGUCUUUAGUUGAGCAGUGGGAUUGAAAUGAAUGUCAGGAAGCCAGCCGCAGGCUCAGUCAGACAAGACUCAAUCCAGGAGCUGAGGCUGACCUCAGGGUGAUGAGGCUUUGUGUGAUGUUGGCCGUGAGAGCCAGCUGUGUCUGGGUGGGUUCAGCAGUUCCCCGGGAGGGCAGCAAAUUGUUUAUUCAUAUUAUUUCUGAGGGCAUUUCACAUUCUGAAGGUUACAGAAUGGAAAAAAAAACCUGUAAGGGCCUUCUAGGUGCCACUUCAAAGGGGAGAGGUGCCAUUUUGUUUCUCAGAUGUGUAUCUGUUUUUUUUUUUUUUUUUUUCCUACCCCUUGGGAUAACUUCUGGGCGAUACAAAUGUUUGACAUUAGCGUUUGCUGACUGACUUUUCCACUGAUAAUUCUGGAAGGUUUGGAAAUUCUCUCCUAACACUUCUGACCCAAGAGGAUUGAACCCAAAGACAUUUUGGUUGGUGCAGGGGAAGGGACUCUGAUUCUACUGUUCUUCAGAACCAUGUCCUGGGCAAGCCCCACAGGUGGGCAUGAAGCACAGGUUUGGGAGAAGUCCCCACAGAUCAGCUUCUGUGCACUAGUAUGCCAUGCAGCGAAUACCAUUGCAGUCUCUUCAGCAUCUGGGGUGUUAGGUUGGAACAGGAUGAGUAGCACAGCCUAUCUUGACCCCACCUAGACCAGGCUAUCAAAAAGUACGUUGGUUUGGGGCUGGGGAUUUAGCUCAGCGGCAUAAGCGCCUGCCUUGCAAGUGUGCAGUCGUGAGUUCGAUCCCUGGCCAAUAAAAACGAAAAAGACAAAAAAAAAAAAAAAAAAAAGUACGUUUGUUCAGGCUGUCCUGUCUAAAAGAAACAAGCCUAGCAACCAGAUGAAUUUCUGACCCUUGCAUGUUGGAAGACUCAGUUAUGUCACAGCCCUUCUCAUUCUCACUGUUGCUACCUGACACAAGAAGUUACUUGCUUCCUAUGGAAGGGGGCCUCAGACCUUCUAGAUUAGAAAGACUGUCCCUUAUCUGGGUGUAUGAGAAGAUCUCAACUUCCAGAGAAAGUUUCUUUCAGCUGUUGGGCCCAAGUUCCUACCUCUACACCUGCCAAGUUGUUCGAACUUACUAAUGGAACAGGAUAGGAAGGAAGCUUCCCCAUACGUGAGGGUUUUCAUCUCAUCCUGCAGUAGUUAGGAAUCCCAGCACUUCCCUCCUGCCAAAGAAGGCUAGUUAUGGAGAGAACUUCCUUCCCUUUGAGAAGAUUAUUGAAUUUAUCCAUCUUGAGUCUCUUGCAAAUGUUUUCUCUCUCUGUCUCUCUGUCUCUGUCUCUCUCUCUCUCUCUCUCUGUGUCUCUUUUUCUCUUGUGGUACCAGGAAUUGAACUCAGGACCUCACAAUUGCCAGGCAGGUGCUGGGCCACUGAGCUAAAUCCCCCAGUCCCAGAAAUGUUCUCAUAUACUCAGAUGAGACCAAGCUGCCAUUUCCCACUUGAAAGGUAUAGAUGCAAGAACUAGCUAAGUCAGCAUUUCCUCCUCUGCUACUGAUGGGAGUACACACAGUAGAUUAUUUUAGAAUUUAGCAAUUACUCAAUCUACAUCAAAAACUUUAAAAAUGCUCAUGUCCCAUUGGGUGUGGUGGUACAGUCCUUAAUAAUCCCAGCUACUCAGGAGACUAAGACAAGAGCAUCACAAUUCAAGGCCAAACUGGGUGGCUUAGUGAGACCCUGUCUCUAAUUAAAAAGGGAUGGUGACAGGGGCUGGGGAUUUAGCUCAGUGGCUUAAGCACCUGUCUGGCAAGAGUGAGGUCAUGAGUUCGAUCCCCGGCACCAAAAAACACAAAGGGCUGGUGAUAUAGCUCAGCUCUCCCUGGGUUUGAUCCUCAGGACUGAGGGAAAAAAGAAAGAAACAGAAAAAUUGUUUAUAUCCAGUUCCUCCCUUGAACCUUUGUGCCUUUGGAACCUGUAAUUUUGAUGUAGAAAAAUAUAACUCCCAAUCUGUUAGAUGUUAGGGGUACCAAGUUCAUGGGCUCACAAUAUGGAGACCAAGUCAAGAACCAAAGGCGAAAGUUAAGAGGUUUUGGUUUUAUUGGUUCUGUUCUUUACUGUUUUUUUCAAUUUUAUUUUAACUGAUGAUAUAGGCAAUUCUUUUUAAGAUAGCAAGAGGCAUUAUGGUAACCAAUGUUGAUCACCUUGUAUUUUGUUUUUACAGUAUGUAUUAUGUCCAUCCUUUUGAUUUGACUGACUCUGUUUUGUUAUGUCACAUUUGGUUUUAUUCUCUUCAAAAAAAGUAAUAAGAACUGUGGGAGUAAUAAAACCCAAAAUGUGUAAUUGUCAUUGUACAAAAGAGAGGAAAAGAAAGUGCUCUAAAGGAUAUAACUGCAGGUAUAUUUAAGUGUAUAAGAUAGAUAACCAUAUUACUGAGUUUUGUUGGAUCAUUGAACAGAACUGUUUGCAGUCUGUUUGAAUGUCCACUUUAUAUGCUUUAAUUUUGUAACUUGAACAACUAUU